UCAUCAUUUGUACUACAUUUAAUUUUAUUUUUCGAUAAAAAAAGAUAAUUACAAGUUUGUCGCAAUGAAACGGAAGAAAAUUGAUAUAAGUGAAUAUUGCCGGGGCUGUUUAUCGAAAGGCAGACGUUUGGUUCCAAUUGAUAAUCUAUUUCAUGUGUUUAUCAAAAUAAUGGAUGGUGAAAUUCCAAACAUUCCAGACCUGGUUAACGUACCGAAAAUGUGUUGGGAAUGUCGAGCUAUUUUACGUAAUACCGAAAACUUUAUAGGAAAAGCUAAAACUGCUCAUGAAUUUUUUACUGAGACAAGUAAAAAACUGGUUCAAGCCAAGAGUCUCUCAAAUCUCACAUCAGUAAUCAAGAAUUACAACGCGGAAGAAACAUUCAAUGAUUACGAAAUAGAAAUUAAUGUCAAGAUCGAUGACAUUUCAAUACAAACCGAUACACAAUUAGACGUUGAUUUAAAAGAGGAAUAUUUAUCAGACGAUGAGAAAAUCGAUACAGAUUUUUAUGAGGAUAUCAAAGAAGAAGCUCAUGAAACAGAAGGUAAUGUUAAAGAAGAAACAGAUAUUCAAUCAAUAAAGAGCGAAGACUUUAAAAAUACAGUUAAAGAACAAAUAAGAAAAGAAAAAGCGAAAUCGAUGAAAUCCAAAUAUAAAUUUAUUUGUCUUCAACAAGGGAACACAGAUAAUCCUCCGUCGUUUAAAAAGAUGCCAUUAAAUGAGGAGGAGAGGAUGUAUUGGAGGGAACAGGAUAAGACAGCGAGGAAUUAUCGUUGUAUGCCGUACAAAUGUGAGCUUUGUAUCACUGGUUACGCAAAACUGAAGUACUACAAUCAACACGUGGCAAAAUUUCAUUCCGAGGCGAUCGGUAAAUUCGAAUGUGAUAUUUGUAAGAAAAGAUUAAUUAACAAAAAUAAGCUCGCGAGUCAUAUCCGAAAUCACUAUAUAAAGUACGUCUGUCUGGUGUGUCAGUAUGAGAACCAUCGCAAGUGGAAAAUGACCGCACAUCUAUCCUACGCUCACAAAAGAGCUGUUAUGUGCUUGACGUGUGGUUUGAAGUUUGAAAAAAACAUAGAUUUCUACAAACAUUAUAACGUUCUACAUGCCCAAGUGAUAUGUGAUUACUGUGGUAAGAAAUGGAGCAAUAAACAGCGUCUAAUUAGACAUAUAAGAAUGCGUCAUUAUCAACACAGAUGUGAUAUAUGUAAUCGUAAUUACUCGUCCUUCGACACUCUCGCUCAUCAUACGAAAUUAAACCACGUGAAAUCGAGGACGGAGGAGUGUUACUGCGUCGAAUGUAACAUACAGUUUGAGAAUAUAACCCGGUAUACCAUGCAUUUGAAGAAUAGUGUGAAACACAAGACAUUUAUUGGAGUACCUUGUCCGGAAUGUAAUAAAGUUUAUCACAAGAAAACUUCAAUGAACAAUCAUUACAAAUACGUGCAUCUUAAGAAGACGGCACAUUAUUGUGAAAAAUGUUCUAGGUACUUCCUCAAUGGUUACCGCCUCCGUCAGCACCAGGCACGGACUCAUGAUAAAAUAGCACCGAUCAAAAAAAAGAUUUGCCCCCAUUGUGGGCGUGCAUUUGAGACCAAUCGCAUCCUAAAUAACCAUAUACGCACACACACUGGCGAGCGUCCCUUCGUGUGUGACGUCUGUUCAGCGAAGUUUACCCAAAAGACAGCUCUAGUUGUACAUCAGCGAUCUAUACAUAAAAUAAGAAAAUAA